AUGGCGGAGCGCGCGCCCCCCGACGUACCGCUGAUCGUGACGCCGCCGGGCGCAGGGGUUGCGCCGCGGGGGGCGCGCGGCUCGCGUGACGAUCCGCCCUCCACCUGGCGCUCCUCAGUGCGCGUCCGCGACACCGGCUUCCGCGGCUCCCGCAAGAGCGUCGUUCGCCUCGAACCGCCGUGUAAUGGCCUCAACGGAUUGCCCACCAUCAUCGGCAAGGAGGUACUAUCACUCGGCGCGACAAGCGGGCCCAAGGGGACCACGCAACCAUCACAUCCCUGGACUAUCCUCCACCAUUCUCCUUACAAGGCCGCUUGGGAUUGGUUGAUUCUUAUCCUUGUGAUCUAUACUGCAAUAUUCACGCCGUACGUGGCCGCCUUCCAGCUGAACGAGCCGGAUUUUGACAAAAGAUCGCGCAGCUUCGGCGAAGAUCCAAUUGUCGUUAUUGAUAUGAUAGUUGAUGUGACCUUCAUAAUUGACAUCCUUAUAAACUUCCGAACGACGUAUGUGAACGCGGCUGACGAAGUUGAAUCUGAUCCGGCGAAGAUCGCGAUGCACUACCUGCGCGGCUGGUUUAUCAUCGACCUGGUGGCGGCCAUCCCUUUCGACCUUCUCCUCUUCGGAACCAACACCGAUGAAACGACGACUCUCAUCGGUCUACUGAAGACAGCGCGUCUCCUCCGGCUCGUGCGCGUCGCGCGCAAAAUCGACCGGUACUCUGAAUAUGGCACUGCCGUCCUACUCCUCCUUAUGGCUACAUUCGUCCUUUUUGCCCAUUGGCUUGCGUGUAUUUGGUACGCAAUUGGAAAUUGGGAGAGACCUCAACUACAAGCUCCUAUUGGCUGGUUGGAUGCUCUUGCUAACGAUGUGCAAGCUACUUACGAUAAUUCUACUGGCCCAUCUAUGAGGUCACGUUACAUCACAGCUCUAUAUUUUACUUGCACCUCUCUAACCAGUGUGGGUUUUGGUAACGUGGCGCCUAACACAGAUAUGGAAAAAGGAUUUACAAUAUUUGUCAUGCUUCUUGGAUCUCUAAUGUACGCGAGUAUUUUCGGUAACGUAUCAGCAAUAAUACAACGUCUUUAUUCCGGCACCGCGAGAUAUCACACGCAGAUCUUGAGAGUGCGGGAGUUCAUUAGAUUUCAUCAGAUUGCGAAUCCAUUACGGCAAAGACUUGAGGAAUAUUUCCAACAUGCAUGGAGUUAUACGAACGGCAUUGAUACUUCGAGUGUGCUGAAAGGUUUUCCCGAGUGCCUCCAAGCUGACAUCUGUCUACAUUUGAAUCGUAACCUCUUAGCUAAUUGUGCUGCUUUCGAAGGAGCAAGUCCAGGAUGUUUAAGAGCGCUGUCGUUAAGAUUUAAAACUACCCACGCGCCGCCUGGGGAGACUUUAGUUCACCGUGGAGAUGUGCUUACUUCGCUUUAUUUCAUCUCUCGGGGAUCAAUAGAAAUUUUAAAGGACGAUAUUGUAAUGGCUAUUUUAGGUAAAGAUGAUAUAUUCGGCGAAAACCCGUGCAUUUAUUCGAGCGUUGGGCGAAGCAACUGCCGCGUCCGCGCGCUAACCUACUGCGACUUGCACCGUGUGCACCGUGACGACCUGCUCGACGUGCUCGACAUGUACCCCGAGUUCCGCUCCACAUUCGUCAACAAUCUGGAGAUCACCUACAACAUGCGAGACGAGGAGCUGGGCGGUAUUGAGACACGGCGGCGCAUGCGCUACGAGCACCCGUACGACGCGCGAUUGCUACGGGAAGCAUACGCGCGCAAUACACGCCGCCCGCACACCGAGACGUUUGCCGACAAGGAUUCACAAUGUAGCGAUGAAGACACGGAGUCGCCCGCCAGUCGAGGCAUUUUAGAAUUUUCUGCGGACAAGGCAGGGCAGGACGUCACGCCUCUAAACUUUAACUUCAGCAAGCAACGCUCUACUACCCUCAAUUCUAUAACAGGCAUGCUAGCGCAACUUAAAAGGAGCUUCCCAGACCUCUACCACCAUAAAACGCAUCAGCCGCUACACAACAAAUACUCUCAAUCCACCCCGCAAACGUACCGAGGGCGCGCGAGCGUGCGGCGGCAGUCGUCGGUGGGUCCGCUGAACGAUACCUCGCCGCUGACGGGUGCCGCGGCGGCUGAGGAGGCGGCGGUGAGCACGCCUGCCCACAGCGCCACGCUGCCCGUCUCCAGCCUUAGCACCAACCCCAGCUCGUACUAUACCAACGCCUCGCCGAGCCCGCCCGCCGUGCCCCUCGCGCCCCCUGCCCCCGUCCACGUGUCCUGCGACGACAUUCUUGCGCCCGCGCAGCAGGCCGUCGCGCGCACUCCUUCCUGCAGGUCGGCGCCGCACUCCGCUGUCAACCUUCAACAGGCCGGCCGACCCACAGCCCUUCCCUUCACUGCCGAAAGAGCGCAGAAUACAGCCAAUAUGCAGGAGGUGAUGUCGCCUCAGUAUCAGAACGUGGGUUCGGCGGCGACGGCGGCGUCAGUGGCCACCGUGCUGACAAGACUGGAGGAGCUGAGUCGUCGUGUGGCGCUACUGGAAAGCGGGUUGACGGCCGACGUACGCCGCAUUCUGCAGCUGCUACAAUCGCGCGAGCCCCUCGCCACGCACAACUCGCAGCCUGCGCACACGCCCUCGCAACCUCUUCCCAAGGCAUCGCUCUCGGUGCCUCACGGCGAGAACCAAUGGGAGUGGAAUUGGAACGGAGAGCGCGAGCGCGAGCGGGAGCGGGCUGCGGGGCGGCACGGGCGCGGAGAGCGCGCGCCCGGCGUGCAGCGCUCGGCAUCCGAGCCACACGCGCCCGUGCCGCCCGCCCUGCCGCCGCCACCGCACUCGCACUCCUUCUACAGGUAA